AUUUCUGGUGCUGGUGAAAGGUAUUUGGUAUAGAAUCAGUCUACUCUAUAGGGUUAUACUUCGUAGAGGUGUAGAUAGUAAAGCCAAACGUUGGAAUUAAAUAUUGAAGAUUUUACUGUACAAAACAUUUUCCCACAUUCUUUUUAUAGCAGGAAUGAUGAUAACCCUUUUUAUGUUCUUGCCAACAAUUAGAGUGGCUUUUGGUAAAUUGAAAACUUGAUUUAGAUAUGAAACUGUUGAGUAGUCUGGGAUACUUUGUUUUUCUCAAUGGUUUAACUUGGUAGAAAGUAACCUCUUAUAAUGCACGCUUCACUCAUUUGGCUCUCAACAAUCCAAUUAGUUCACCAAGGGGAAAAAGUUUUUGAAAUAUUCCACUUUCUGAAACCAAGAUUUUUUGUGUUAUUUGAUGCAUCAUAGUUGCCAGAAUUUAUACAUAUGGGGAUGUAGAUGAUAUGAUAAAAUUAUGGAUGGAGUAAAGCAUGGAUAACUUUUUUUGUAGUUUAUUUUGAUGAGAGAAUUACCUAUUGUUCAGCAAUGCAUGGAAAUUAUGGAAAUUUAUAUCAUUUGGGAAAGGAUCUAUCACCUCAAAGAGGGGACGUUUCUUGUGCAUUUGUUGCACGUUAUGGUGGCCAGAUUGCAAAUGAUCAUUUCUCAAGAUGCUGGCAUGGGAUGCGUUUUCAUGCUAGAGAACCUUUCAAUGAGAAAGUUUCAAAACUAAUACCAACAUUUGAAGAUGAAUUGCAGCGUUGUUCUUCAAUAUCGCAGAGACCUAUACACUGCAUGAACAUGAAACUAAACGCCAGCAGAAGAUGUCACUGCAACCUCUCUUCAGAUCUCUAUAGCUGUAGCCUUGUUCAACGAAGAGCAGUAUAUGGACUAGGUUUAAACAAACACGGUAAGGCUAAUCCGGCUUGUGUUCAUUACAAGUCUGAGGAUUGUGAUAUUACAGAAUCAGAGGUGAAUCCUCUUGCAUCAGCUGAAGGGACAGGUGAAGCCAUUCUCUUGGAAGGGAAUGUUCCACAAGUAUCUUCUUGGUGGCAGAAGUUUCCAAAGCGUUGGGUUGUUGUGUUGCUAUGUUUUGCAGCAUUUCUGCUGUGCAACAUGGAUCGUGUGAAUAUGAGCAUAGCAAUACUUCCAAUGUCUCAAGAAUUUAACUGGAACAGUGCAACAGUUGGCCUAAUUCAGUCAUCUUUCUUCUGGGGCUACCUUCUUACCCAGAUCCUUGGUGGCAUAUGGGCCGACAAACUUGGUGGGAAACUAGUGCUAGGUUUCGGAGUUGUCUGGUGGUCAAUGGCAACAAUUUUAACACCUAUUGCUGCAAGAAUUGGGCUCCCUUGUUUGCUUAUUAUGCGUGCAUUUAUGGGGAUCGGUGAGGGUGUUGCCAUGCCUGCUAUGAAUAAUAUGCUUUCCAAGUGGAUUCCAGUUUCAGAGAGAAGCAGAUCACUGGCCCUAGUAUAUAGUGGCAUGUACCUUGGUUCGGUGGUUGGAUUGGCAUUCUCACCAUUACUAAUCCAAAAAUUUGGGUGGCCAUCAGUUUUUUACUCUUUUGGAUCCCUUGGAAGUAUCUGGUUUGCCUUGUGGUUAAGAAAGGCAUAUAGCUCCCCAAAAGAUGACCCAGAUCUUGGGAUAGAGGAGAAAAGGCUCAUACUAGAAGGCAAUGUAUCAAAUGCACCUGUUUCUUCCAUUCCUUGGAAAUUAAUUUUAUCAAAAGCACCGGUUUGGGCUCUUAUAAUCUCCCACUUCUGUCACAAUUGGGGGACUUUUAUUCUUCUGACCUGGAUGCCUACUUAUUAUAAUCAGGUUCUGAAGUUCAACCUCACUGAAUCUGGGCUCUUAUGUGUUCUUCCAUGGUUAACCAUGGCUGCUUUUGCAAAUAUUGGUGGGUGGAUUGCUGACACACUUGUGAGAAAAGGCGUCUCCAUAACAGCUGUUCGAAAGAUCAUGCAAUCAAUAGGAUUUCUGGGUCCUGCAUUUUUUCUUUCUCAACUGAGCCAUGUCAGAACACCUGCCAUGGCUGUACUAUGCAUGGCGUGUAGUCAGGGAUCUGAUGCGUUCUCACAAUCUGGUCUCUAUUCCAAUCACCAAGACAUUGGACCCCGCUAUGCUGGUGUAUUGCUUGGACUAUCAAAUACGGCAGGAGUGCUUGCUGGUGUAUUUGGUACAGCUGCAACUGGUUUAAUACUCCAGCGAGGUUCUUGGAAUGAUGUUUUUAAGGUUGCUGUUGCUUUGUACAUAAUAGGGACAUUGGUGUGGAAUAUCUUUUCUACUGGAGAGAAAGUUCUUGACUGAAGAUUUCAUGCCAAGGAAAGUGUAGCCUUUUUAGCCAUUGAAAUAUAGAAACGGAUGGAACAGUAAUCAGAUUACCAAACAUGUCUUGGAAGAUUAAACACCCUCAAAAAGUAGAAAAGAAAGAGACACCAUGGAAGUUUUCACCAUAAACCAUGGCCUUUGAUAAAAUAGUGUCUCCAAGAAGAAAUCUUGGAUUAAUUUUGCUCCUUUUCCUCAACACUCCUCUACAGUGAGUUUGUUUCUAAAAUGAGUAAGUAAAGGUACCCUUAUAUUUUAGUAAGAUAAGCUUAGAAUACACUUUAAAUUAAGUCAAUAUUAGAUACAUUUUUACUUGCUUACUUUAUAGCCAAACUCAGUAAUAAACUCAUUUACUGGUCCUUUUCCCUUUUGCCCAUGCCUUUGUUCCAUGAACUCAAGUGCUUUCUGUAUAGAAAGUCAGUGGACUGUUUCCUCAUGUCAAACCUCAUCUAAGCAUACACAAGCUCAGAUUAUACAUGUUAAUUAGAUUAUUCAGCUAUCUCUCUAACAAGGACAUCUUUAUCUUUA